GAGUCAAGUAAAGGAUGGAGGAAUCAGAAAAAAGAACAGCGGGAAAUAAAGAACUGAGUGAAAGAGGGCAAUGGAGCAAUAAAAGUGAGUUUUUCUUGGCUGUGGCAGGAAAUAUUAUUGGCCCGGGCAACGUCUGGAGAUUCCCAUAUCUGUGUUUUAAAAAUGGAGGAGGUACAUUCUUAAUACCUUACAUUAUAUUUGCUGUGACAUGUGGUGUGCCACUUUUUGUGCUGGACAUUUGUAUAGGCCAAUACACAGAACAAUGUCCAGCAAUUUUCUGGGGAAAACUCUGUCCAUUGGCUGAAGGUUUUGGUCAUGCAGGCUAUGGAAUUGCACUGUACAGCUGUAUUUGCUACAAUAUGCUCCUGGCCUGGGCCCUGUUCUAUUUAAUUGCAUCUUUGAGCUCUCCGUUACCAUGGACCACUUGUGGUAAUCUUUGGAACACAGUGGACUGUGAAGAACUCAUGCCAAACCAGGUCAAUACGAUUCCCAACAAUACGAUUCCCAACAGCACUCAAGGAAAUUUCAGUAUUUCUUCUGUAAUUGAAUUCUGGGAGGCACGAGUGCUGAACAUAUCCCCGGGAAUUGAAAUACUGGGUAUUUUAAACUGGGAGAUUUUUUUCUGUUUACUGGCUAGUUGGAUGGCCUGUUACUUCUGCAUCUGGAAAGGGGUCAAGUCAACUGGAAAGGCAGUCUAUUUUACAGCCAUCUUUCCAUAUGUAAUGAUGUUCUUGCUGCUGUUAAGAGGACUGACUUUAUCUGGGGCACUGAAUGGUAUAAAGUAUUACCUGUAUCCACAACCCUCACGACUCACAGACCCACAGGUUUGGAUUGAUGCAGCGACUCAGAUUUUCUUCUCAUACAGUUUGGGAACUGGUUCCUCAGCUGUUCUUGGCAGUUAUAAUAAAUACAAAACCAACUGCUACAGGGACAGUAUUUGGCUGUGUGUGCUCAAUAGCUGUACUAGUUUUGUAGCUGGAUUCGUAGUGUUUUCUGUUCUUGGAUUCAUGGCAGAGAGGUUGGGAGUUGACAUUGAAGAUGUAGCACAUCCAGGUCCAGGUCUGGCAUUUAUAGCCUACCCUCAGGCAGUGGCCAUGAUGCCGUUGCCACAACUGUGGUCAGCCUGUUUUUUUAUCAUGUUGAUUUUAUUGAGCCUAGAUACACAGGUAAUGCAGAAUAUUGUUGGUUUAGAUUUUUUUUUUCUUCCACUAUGUUGUCAAAAAAUUACUUGUUAUACUGUACAUGUUCAGUUUGUUGGACUUGAGCUGGUAAUUUCCAGUGCAACUGAUAUAUUCCCAACUGUGCUGCGGAGGCCCUACAGGAGGGAGCUCUUCGUCUUAUUCUUCUGCAGUGCCUGCUUCUGCUUUCAGAUUCUAAUGACAACCCAGGGAGGAGUCUACCUCUUCCAACUUAUUGAUUAUUAUGGAAGUAGUGGUGCUUGCUUACUUUUUAUGUGUCUAAUUGAAACUCUAGUAAUUGGCUGGAUAUUUGGAACUGAUCGCAUUUUUUAUUUCAUUGAGGACAUGUGUCAUAAACAACCAAGUGCAUUCUUCAAAUACUGUUGGAAGUAUUUCACACCACUGAUGUGCUUUGGAGCUUUCAUUUUCUACCUUGUAAAGUAUAAACCCCUGACGUACAACAAUGUCUAUAUAUAUCCAAACUGGGCUUAUGGUCUUGGAUGGUUCAUGACCACAUUUCCCCCUAUUCUAGUCAUUAUAUGGGGUUUGGUGAAAUUAUACACCUACUCAGGGACAUUAAAACAGCGUUUUAAAAGGCUGUGUACUCCAGAUGAUGAACUCCUGAUGACCCAAACACAAAGAGCACAGCUGCAGAUCGAUGAAACACCAAUGGCAGGAAUCUGAUGACCAGACAUUCAUCAAUGGCUCCAUUUAAAUGACAAGAAAUUAUUUAUAUAAUUAUGUACUGAGUUGCCAUUUUUUUAGGUACCAAAUACUUUGUAGGUGCAUUAAUUACUUUACCUAAUGCAUCACUAUAACAUACUAUUAAGGGAAAAAAGAAGGGAUUUACAGGCUUGUAUCAGUUUUGAAAAAGGGUUAAAAAAUAAAUAUCUCUAGGACAAUCCACACAGACUCUUACAACUUGGCACAAUUCCAUCCUCUCAAACAUGAACUAAGAAGAAGUUGAUUAUGACAUGACGAAAGCAUAAAAUCACCAAAUUUUACAGCCAUAGACAAUGGCAGUGUUUGGCAAGACCUGAAUGUUUCGAUGGGGGCUAACUACAAAACAAACAAGAAGUUGUGUGAUCAGGGAAGAGAGUGGCAAAAUCAAACAAAGGAAAAUGGUGGGG